AUGGCACAGGUUCAAGAGAUCACGGCCCUGCCGGCUGAGAUGAGGUCCACCCUCGAUAUCUCUGGAUAUCUGCAGAAGGACCCUGAGAAGGUUCACGAGUCGGAUGCGAGCGACAAGAGCAGUGUUGCUGUCGGCCAUGUGCAAGAUGAUGCUGUACCGCAAUACACGGACGAGCAGUACAAGAAGAUCAAGAGGAAGAUGGACCGAUAUCUCUUGCCUCUGAUGUGGUUGUGUUAUGGCAUCCAGCAAGCCGACAAGACGGCAAUCGGGACCCAGGCAAAUUUUGGUCUUCGAGAGGAUACACACCUGUUCCCAUCGAACUUCAUCCUGCAACGACUACUGAUGGGCCGUACGCUGUCGUGCUAUAUGAUCUGCUGGGGAGUCGUCGUCCUUUGCAUCGGGUUUGCUCAGAACUUCACACAGCUUAUAACUCUCCGGGCAUUACAGGGAAUGUUUGAGUGCUGCAUCUCACCCGGAUUCAUCCUCGUCAUCGGAUCCUGGUACACGACCCGCGAGCACGCCUCGCGCUCCCUCGUCUUCCAGAGCGCCAACGCCGGCUUCGGCGUCAUCGCCAACCUCAUCCUGUACGGCAUCGGCACCGUCCAGUACCGUCGCCCGGACUUCGAGGCCUGGAGGUACAUGUCGUACUUCCUCGGGGGAAUGACGCUGCUCACGGGGUGUGCGUGUCUGUUCCUGCUCGGGACGCCCUCCGAGGUCCGCUGGCUCUCGCCCGAGGAGAAGAAGAUGGCGAAUGCGCGGAUCGCGAACAACAAUACCGGACACGAUAGGACGGGCGUCAAGACGUGGAAGUGGAAGCAGGCGCGAGAGUGCUUGGUCGAUCCUUGCUUCUGGUUUGCUGGAAUCAAUGCUUUCCUGUCAUCUCUCCCCAAUGGCGGUCUCACGACCUUCAGUUCCAUCAUCAACACUGGUUUUGGGUUCACCAACUUGCAGGUGAUUCUUCUCGAUAUCCCUCGGAACGUCAUCUCCGUCUUGUUCUUCAUCUUGGUCGGUGUCGUCACAAGCAGGAAGAAGAACCUGCGCAUGUACUUCAUGAUGUUCUCCGUCGUCCCACCAUUCAUCGGCUUCAUCAUGAUAUCGCUUCUGCCAAACGAGCCGCAGUACAAAUGGACGAAAUGGGGAGGCUACGUGAUGACCGUGACCUACGUCGUGGCUCUCUUCCUUGCGUGGACGCUUAUCCCGUCCAACGUGGCUGGCCGCACCAAGCGCACGCUGACGUCGUCCUUCACCUUCGUCGGCUACUGCGUGGGGAACACGGUGGGCUCGCAAAUCUUCAAUGCCAAAGAUGCCCCCCGAUACAUCCCCGGCACGGUGGGCUGCGCCACGUGCUUCGGGCUCGAGUUCAUCCUUCUCAUCGUGUGGCGGCUCAUCCUCGUCCUGCGGAACCGGCGGCGCAACAAGCAGCUGGCUUCCGACGGGCUGUCCGAGGAGGAUAGGAUCGUGCGGGCCAAGCAGCUGGGGGAGCAAGAUUAUACUGAUUUCGAGAAUCCUUACUUUCGGUAUACGAUGUGA